GUUUUUUCCCACUCGCUUUUUGAUUUACCAAAUAAUUUUUGUUGUCGACUUCAAUCUCCAUUUAAAUCGCAUUUUGCUGUAAUAUAAAGACACUCCUCACGAAACACUGAAUUAUAUGAUUGUAACAGAAUAUCAGAUGACAUUCUCAUAAAAGAAUCUUUUACAUCAGAUAAUCAUCCAUGUUCAAUAAUUCUUUGAAGAUUAAAAGGAAGUUGUUAUACAGAAGAGAUUUCAAUGGGACAUAUCUAGCCCAAAUAUUCUACCUGUUAUAUUUUCAAACUGGCUAGGUCCAGCCUCUCACACCAACCCUGCAAUAUCAUUCUAAAAAUAAACAAUCACAUCAUCAAAAUCUCAAAGCUAUGAGACAAUGCAGGAUUAAUACAAAACAAAACAAAUGACUGGCUGUUUAACCAACAAGUUAAACAAACAAUCAAUUAGUUGGGUAGAUAAUUAAUCAAUUGUCUAAUGAUAAAGGAGCGGAACUGAACCAUGCAUGUGUUAUUAAUAUUGGCAUAAUGACACUCACUAGACGAUAAGAUCAAACGGAAAUAUAGUGGUGAGAGAAGAAAAAUUACAAGAAAAAUGAAUUUUGUGUGACACUUUGAAGAUGAGUAAUUUUAUUAAAGAGAUGGCCAAAGGGACAGGAGAAUCAUUAUACCACUGUAAAAAGUCCUAUUCUCAAAAAGGAAACAUUCCUACUCACAAACGUAUUCAUACACAGGAGAAACCACAUCACGGUGAAGCCUAUGAGGAAUCACUCCCUGCAAAUAGUUCCUUAACUAAUGACAAAAGACUGAAUGCAGGAGAGAAAGCAUAUCACUGUGAUAUCUGUAGAGAGUCAUUCUCUCAAAAUAUUCACUUAACUGUACACAAACGCAUUCAUACUGGAGAGAAGCCACAUCUUUGUGACAUCUGUGGUUUCACUUUUGCUCAGAAAAACAAUUUAAUUUUUCACAAACGUACACAUACAGGAGAAAAACCACAUCGAUGUGACAUCUGUGGUAAAUCGUUCUCUCAGAAAAGCAACCUCACGACCCAUAAACGCAUACAUACAGGAGAAAAGCCAUAUCGUUGUGAUAUCUGCGGUAAAUCAUUUUCUCAAAAUGUUCAAUUGACCAGACAUAAACACAUUCAUACAGAUGAAAAAGAACACCAGUGUGAUAUCUGUGGGAAGUCUUUCUCUCGACUUGGUCACUUAGCUAAACACAGAUGUACUCAUACAGGAGAGAAGCCAUAUCACUGUGAUGUCUGUGGUUCACCAUUCUCCCAAAAAAGUGAAUUGACCGAUCACAAACGCAUUCAUACAGGAGAGAAGCCAUAUCAUUGUAAUAUCUGUGGGAAAGCAGUCUCUGUAAGCUGUAAUUUGAGUAAACACAGAUAUAUUCAUGAGGUAGAGAAACGAUAUCACUGUGAUAUUUGUGGUAAAGCAUUUGCCUUAAGCAGUAGGCUAAUAUCUCACAAGCGUAUUCACACAGGAGAAAAGCCAUAUCAUUGUGAUAUCUGUGGUAAGUCAUUCUCUGAAAACGGCAUCUUGACUGUGCACAAACGCAUUCAUACAGGAGAGAGACCAUAUCAUUGUGAUAUCUGUGGUAAAUCAUUCUUACAAAAUUAUCACUUAACCGUUCACAGACGCAUUCACACUGGAGAAAAACUAUAUCGCUGCGAUAUCUGCGGUAAAUCAUUCUUCGAAGUGUACACCCUGACUGCUCACAAACGUAUUCAUACUGGGGAGAAGCCAUAUCAGUGUCAUAUCUGUGGUAAAUCAUUCUCUCUUCGUGGGGAACUAACUAAACACAUACGUACACAUACAGGAGAGAAGCCAUAUCAUUGUGAUAUCUGUGGUAAGUCAUUCACUGUAAGCAGCCACUUAAUUAAGCACAAACGCAUUCACACAGGGGAGAAGCCAUAUCACUGUGAUAUCUGUGGAAAGUCAUUCAGUGGAAGCAGUGACUUAAUUAAGCACAAAUACAUUCAUACAGGAGAGAAGCCAUAUCAGUGUGAUAUCUGUGGUAAAUCAUUCUCUCAGUCUGGUCACUUGAUUACUCACAAACAGAUUCACACAGGCAGUCCGCGUUUUCACUGUGACAUUUGUGGUAAAUCAUUGUCUCGAAAGAGUCAGUUGACUAGACAUGUUUGUAAAUGUUGACAAAAAAAGUUAACAUAAAUAAAAUAAGCAUUUAAUUUUGCAAUGAAAGUAAACAAACAAAGGUCGUUCUUUUUUAGAAGCGUUGAGAUGUAUUCUUGAUGCAUAAUCACAGAGACAUGAGUUCGAGUCUCAUGGCUGGCCGGUAACAUAUUUUUCUGCAAUGUAUGGAUAAUUUAUCCUGAUCACGCUAUUUGUAGCAUUAUCACACGUUUGAGAAAUAAAUUUAUUUCUGUAUCUUACAAGUAUUUAAUUGUUUCAGUCCGUUUAGACUGUGGCCAUGCUGGAGCACCACCUUGAAGAAUUCUUACUUGAAUGAAUCGACACAAGUUCAUACCAUCUUUUUAAACACUUGUCCUACUGAUAUCUUUUGCCAAAUCACUGAGUUACAGGGGUAUAAACACACCAACACUGGUUUGCAAUCAGUGGUGGGAGACAAACACACAUACAUAUACCUGUGUGUGUAUGUAUAUAUAUAUAUAUAUAUAUAAAGAAGCACAUCAUGCAUGUAUAUAUAUGUAAAGAAGCACAUCAUGUAUAUAGAUAUAUAUAUAUAUGUGUUUAUAUAAGGGGCAUUACUACAGAAUAAUGCCACACACUGGACUUCCCAAAAUAAACACAUUUGUUUAUUUUGGGAAGUCCAGUGUGUGGCAUUAUUCUGUAGUACUGCCCCUUAUAUAAAUAUAAAUGAAUAAUUAUAUUCUUGGGAAUAGAAACUUCCCUUAUGAAUUUUUUUACACACUAGCUUCCUGAUAAAAUUCUUGUAAAAGAUUUUUAUCCUUUUUUGAAUUUAUUAAUCAUAUAUAUAUAUAUAUGUGUAUGUAUGUAUGUAAAGAAGCACAUAUAUAUAUAUAUAUAUAGCGGAAGAGACUUGUCCAUGGUGCCACGCAAUGGGACUGAACCCAGAACUGUGUGGUUAUAAAGCAAACUUCUUAUCACAGAGUCACACUUGUGUGGUAAAAUUUGUGAAUGAUCAUCAACAGUGUUUCUAAUAAAACUUCUUUUAAUAUUUCUGCCAUACAAGACAUAACUGCAUUUUCUCAAUGUUUUGUCAUGUCGCUUGUGGGACCUAGAAUUGUGACAGGGUUUGGUUCUGAACCCCUUGUUCUUGUUGUAUUUUGUUUUUUAAUCUGAAAUUGAAAUAAAGUUAAUAAACAAAUAUUUGUUCUUUUAUUGGAAGCAUCGAAAAUAUGUAUUGUACAAUACAAAUAGGAUGAUAUUUUUUCAAAUGCUGAGUUGCCAUUAGAACAGCAGAAAUACUGGAUAAAUUAGCCUCACAAGGAAACUCAGCAUUCAAAAAAUAUCAACUCCUUAUUUCGAUGCUUCUAAUAAUAGAACAAAUAUUUGUUUGUUUACAUUUAUAGACACAGAACUGUUCUAUAAAGCUAAAGUAUUUAGUGUCUAAAUUCAGCCAUGAAUUUGUCAGUGGGCAGUUUAGCUUAUUGGUAAAGCACUCUGCUAGUCUUUGAAGGAUAUGGCUUCAAAUCUCGUGGCUGGUUGUUGACAAAUUUUUCUGCCUUAUAAGGGUUCUUGCUGUUCUAACAGCAACUCUGUGUUAAAAAAAAUAUAUUCUUAUUUGUAUCACAAAAUAAAGUUGUUUUACUCUUUAAA